GGUCGGCGGGCGCGGGGGGGCGGAGCCCGGGUCGCAGGCCGCCCGCCCGCCUGCCGCUGCCCCGCCACAGCUCGGCGCACGAGCGGGUCCCGCGCCGCUGGGGACCAUGCCGGCCAAGCGGCAGCUCCGCGCCAGCUCGGGGAACCGGCCCCGGCCCGCGCCCGCCGCCGCCGCCGCCGCCCGCCCGCCCGCCGGGGCCUGGCGCCACAGCCGCGCCGCCGUCGCCCGGCUGGAGAGGCUGCUGCGCUGCUCGCGUUGCUCUCACAUUCUCCGGGAUCCUGUGUGUUUAGGAGGCUGUGAGCACAUCUUCUGUAGUAAUUGUGUGAGUGACUACAUUGGAAGCAAAUGUCCAGUAUGUUCUACUCCAGCCUGGAUACAAGAUGUCAAGAUAAAUAGACAAUUGGACAGCAUGAUCCAGCUUUGUAGCAAGCUUCGAAGUUUGAUUUAUGGCAAUAAGGUUUCAGAUCUGAAAGAAGAUGCAGCUAGGACAAAUUUGUUUUCUGACUCAGAAAAUAAGAGGAAUUCAAUAAAAAUGUGGUUUAGUCCCCGGAGCAAGAAGGUCAGAUACGUUGUGAGUAAACUUUCAGUGCAAACCCGGCCUCAGAUAGAAAAUGAUGAAAAUGGUCAGGAGGCCUCCAUGUAUGAAUUUGUUUCUGCAACUCCCCCAACAGUUCCUGAGAAGCCUAAGAGGACUGCGGCAAGAUCGGGGAGGAAGAAAAAGAAGAAAACGUUAGUGGAAAUCAACCAGAAGUGGAACUUAGCGGCGGGAAGAGAAGGCGGGGCGGGGGGCCCGGAGGAGGCGCGGGAGAGGCAGGUCUCCUUCUGCAGCCAGCCGGCCAUCAUCGCCAGCCCUCGGGCCAACGGGGGCCCAGACUCAGAAGCCAGCGCUUCCGAAACAGCGUCUCCGUUUUGUGCCAGCCCGCCCGAAGUCUCUUUCCUGUUGGCCGAGCAGACGGUGUCCCCGGAGACUGAGGGUAGGAGUGAAGUCGUGUCCCCGGAGACUGAGAAUAGGAGUGAAGUCGUGUCCCCGGAGACCGAGGGUAGGAAGGAAGUCGUGACUCCCAGGGAGACGCUCAGUGACGAGCAUCCCACCCCCAGGAAGCCCUUCGCUUCCUGUCUUAACGGAAAGCGGGACCGUCACAACAGGCUCUCAGCGCCUAUCCCGAAGAGAUGUCGCCGCACCACCCUUCCCGGGCCCCACGGGGACUCGGCCAACUCGGCCACGCCAGCAGUGGUCUCAGAAAACGAGCCGCCGCCCGGUUGUCCUCCGCCACCCUCGAGUGGCCCGCAAGCCGGUGGCACGCCGAGGAGGACACGCAGUAGCGUGUUGGAUGAGUCCUUUAGGUUCUCACCCGGCACGCCGCCCUCCGCGCUCAGCAGUGCCAGCUACAGGCGGAUGUUAUCCAGCCCCUCGGCCAGGAAGCUGGCACCGGGCAGCCAGGCAGCCGUGAAGAGGAAUCACAGGGGGGAGACUCUGCUCCAUCUCGCUUCCAUCAAGGGCGACGUGCCUUCUGUUGAAUACCUCUUACAAAACGGAAAUGACCCAAAUGUCAAGGACCACGCUGGAUGGACUCCAUUGCACGAGGCCUGCAAUCACGGGCACCUGCAGGUAGUGGAACUGUUGCUGCAGCACCAGGCCUUAGUGAACACCACCGGGUAUCAGAAUGACUCACCGCUGCAUGACGCGGUCAAGAAUGGCCAUACGGACAUAGUCAAGUUGCUCCUUUCCUCCGGGGCCUCUCGGGAUGCUGUUAACAUAUUUGGUCUGCGGCCUGUGGAUUAUGCAGACAGUGAAAAUAUGAAAUCACUAUUGCUGCUCCCAGUGAAGACUGAAUCAUCAUCAACGGGCCACGGCUCAGCACCGGCGAACUCUGGUCAGCGCAGGAGCGGUCCUCUGAUACUUAUAGGCAGUGGACUUUCUUCAGAACAACAGAAGAUGCUCAGUGAACUUGCAGCAGUUCUGAAAGCUAAAAAAUGUGCUGAGUUUGAUAAUACGGUAACGCAUGUCAUUGUUCCUGGCGACACAGUCCAAAGUACUCUGAAAUGUAUGCUUGGGAUUCUCAAUGGAUGCUGGAUUCUAAACUUCGAAUGGGUAAAAGCAUGUCUACAAAAGAAAGAAUGGGAACAGGAAGAAAAGUAUGAAAUUCCUGAAGGACCUCAGAGAAGCAGGCUCAACAGGGAACAGCUGUUGCCAAAGCUGUUUGAUGGAUGCUACUUCUAUUUUGGGGGAACCUACAGACACCAUCCGAAGGACCAUCUGAUGAAGCUGGCCACCGCGGCAGGGGGCCAGAUUCUCCUCCGGAAGCCCAAGCCAGACAGCGAUGUGACGCAGACCGUCAACACGGUGGCUUACCAUGCCAAGCCCGACUCUGAUCAGCGCUUCUGCACCCAGUACAUCAUCUACGAGGACUUGUCUAUUCACCGCCCGGAGAGGGUGCGGCGGGGCAAGGUCUGGGUGGCUUCCUCCAGCUGGCUGAUAGAUUGCAUCAUCUCCUUUGACCUGCUCCCUCUUGGCAGCUGAGCGCGUGGCCAGAUGCACAGUUCCGAGGGAAUUUUAGCCAGCGUGAGAAACUCAGCCGCUCCACGGAAUUCGGGUCACUCACAUCUUUGUAAAAUAGGCAGACUCCCUCAUAUCUCCCCCCCACCACCACCACCACCACCUUGAAUUAAAAACUAAGACUCCUGCCAGAUUAGGAAUUCAUUCUGUGUGUACCGUUUAGUUGCUGGAAUUACUUUGAAGAUGUUCCUUUUUUUUAAAAUUGGCAUAUGAUUUUGAUUUAUCAUGUCUUUCUAUUCAAAUAAUCAGCUAUCAAGAAUCAUUAAGGAGAUACCAGGAUUGUUGGUUAGACAUAUACGUAGUGUCAUUAUUUUAACUUUUUAAUGUUUUCUGAUGAAAAAAACCCAAACUGGCCACCAGCAAAAAUACGUGAUUUAUUAGCGUACAAAGAAUAUUGUCAAAGAAUUUGUUCUGACUAUAUUAUAAUGGAAAUAAGAGUUCUGGUUUUAAAUGCGCUGCUAUAGAUGUAAAACUCUUCUAUCUAAAGUUGUCUUACUGUGAUUAUUUUGUUUCUUCCCGGUUUAUUUGAAAGCCCAUUUCUAAAUUUUUAUCCCAUCUUUACAUCAGGCAAUCAUGAUUUAAAUCUUACCUUUCCUGUAUUUUUCUUUUUUAUGGUAAAACUGAUCCUUGUGCCCAGGUUGCAUGCUUUUACUCACCUCCGUGCUUAGUGUUAACUACUGACUUGCUUUAUCUAUUAUACAUACCUAGAUGCUCAGAGCAUUUUCUUUAAGAUGUUGUCAUAUCAAUACUUCUUACACGAUUUCACCAGGAUAGAUAGCAAAUUGUCAACCAGACAGAUAAGACCAAGAAGCAGUCUUCAAUAUACAUGUUGCUGCAUAUCACUAAAGUGAUACUUUCCUCAAGGUCUGGGUUUCUUCCUUAUGGAUUUUUUUUUUUUAAUACUUUUCAGUUGCGAGGGAGGCAGAAGUUAGUGCUUAUUUGAUUUCACUUUUUGUUUGUACCGUGCACAAGGCCUUCACAGGUCCACCGGGGGCAAGCGAGGGUCCCAGUGUAGGCUGAAGCCUGGUGGGUGGGACCCCUCCUGCCACCGUGCGGGGAGACCCUAGGGCACCUGGGGCUUGCAUGCCGUUUGCUUCGUGACUCAGCAGAGAAGACUCAAUCAUGUUCAGCUUCUUUUGUAAGGAGCCAAAUUCUUUCACAAGUCGUUUUAGAAACGGAUAGUGUGUUGCAGUUCUAAAGAGUAGAAGGAACACACCAAGGCCUGUCCCCUGGGCUCCUCGUGCCCCCACCCUGCCCCCUCGCCCCCACACCAGCUGCGUAUGAAAGAGUCUGCAGGUGACUCGCUUCCUUCAGUUCUCCUUAUCCUCCACGGGGUUUGAGAGUUUGAGGGUGGGCCCAUUAUUUCAGGAUCAACAUUCGUUUAAUCCCUCCUUUGACAUGUUGCUUCUCCAUAUAAGAAAUAUGACCACAAUAAUAUACCGCUGACCCUGACCUUCAAAGGUGAAUUUGCUGGGAAACGUUUCCUACCAACCGGUAAUGUGUUUGUCCCACAUUUCAUUCUAAUAGAGAGUGAUGAACUCCGUGGCACCAAAUAGAUCUGAAGGUUUAGAUAAUGUCUGGAUUAAAUAAUUUAAGGCUCUCUGGGAUUUGGGUUGUCAUUUUUGAUUCAUAACUGACUUUUAGUCACUUCCCGUUGCCUCAUUGGUCACAUUCUGAGACAGGUUCAGUCCGUUCUCUGACUCUCUGUGUGUAAAUCACACUGGGGCUUGCUGUGUGCGUUCCUUCAUUUAUUUUCCUGUUUCCUUUUCUUACAUAUUCUUUUCAGGCUCACUAUUAAGCAGUUUUAUUUUUGGUUUCUUAAAUAUUUAUUUUGACAGCAGUUGAUUGAUGUUUAGCUCUUGAAGCUUGUACGUUCCCGUAUAGAUUUACUUGUAAUUAUUUUCAUUUUCCUAUCACUGAAUCAAGUUUCCGUUUUAACUUAAAUCAUUAAAGUUAUUGUGUUCCCA